CUUUUAUGGCUUUAUCCUCUCCCCUGCUUCCUAGAGUCCAUCGUGAGAGUUUGUCAUUCUUAUCGCGAUUUUCAAAAUCAAAUGCUACCCAUAAUUGAAUUAUAAUCAUUAUUGCAUCCCCUCUUCUUCCCUGCUUAGAGAGAGAGAGAGAAAUGGCUCAGAUUCCUAGUUUGGAGAAUGCUCCCGUAAAUCUUACUUCUUUAAGAGAUCAAUCUCAAAGGGAGCUCAUUUAUAUACUAAAGAAUAUACGAGGAAAGAAGUGUUUAAUCAUUGAUCCAAAGCUUGGAGGUUCAAUCUCUUUAAUUAUUCAGACAUCCAUACUAAAGGAACAUGGGGUUGAAUUGCGGCUUCUUACUUCUGAACCAAUUCAGACAGAUUGCACUAAAGUUCUUUACCUUGUGCGAGCUCAGCUCAAUUUAAUGAAACUAAUUUCUGCACAUGUUCAGAAUGAUAUAUCUAAAGGUCUUCAAAGAGAGUAUUUUACUUAUUUUGUUCCUCGCCGAUCUGUUGCAUGUGAGAAGGUACUUGAGGAGGAGAAAGUACAUCACCUCAUGACCAUUGGGGAGUACCCGUUAUAUAUUGUUCCUUUGGAUGAAGACGUGUUGUCAUUUGAACUUGACCUUGCCUACAAAGAUUGGGUAGUUGAUGGAGAUGCAAGCUCUCUCUGGCAUAUAGCAAAAGCAAUCCACAAGCUUGAGUUUUCUUUUGGACUGAUACCGAAUGUGAGGGCCAAGGGAAAGGCAUCAGUACGUGUAGCUGACAUUCUUAAUCGAAUGCAAGCAGAAGAUCCUGUCAAUUCAUCUGAUAUGGGGAUGCCAGAGAUAAAUACGCUUAUCCUCAUAGAUAGGGAGGUGGACAUGGUAACUCCUAUGUGUUCCCAGCUAACUUAUGAGGGCUUGCUGGAUGAGUGCCUUCAAGUCAAUAAUGGUGCUGUUGAGUUGGAUGCAUCUGUAAUGGGUGUUUAACAAGAAGGAAAAAAAGUAAAGGUUCCUCUUAAUUCUAGGUACAUUUAUCUCGUAUCAAACCAUUCAAUUUUUCUAUUAAGAAUUUUCCUUCCCUUCUC